ACAUGUAAUUUGGCGAUUUUUCAUGGUUUCAUGAAAGACUUACCACAAGAAUUUGUACCAGUCAAGAUAAACACCGAGGAAAUCAUCUGUCUGUCGUCUGGAGAAAAAGAAUCAUGGCUGGAGAGGGGCCUCCAUUCCUGACAGUGGGUACUGACGUCAGUGCCAAAUACAGAGGAGCUUUCUGUGAAGCCAAGGUCAAAGUGGUCAAGAAGUUGGUGAAAUGCAAGAUCAACUUCAAAAGGGGGACAAGCUGCAUAGUCAGCGAUGAAUUUAUCAUAGGGAAUUUGAAGAUUGGUGCCAAGGUAGAGGCUAAAAUAACUGAAAGUAGUCCAUAUGAAGAUGGAACAAUUAUGAAGCUGAAUGAUGCAAGUCUCUAUACAGUUGUAUUUGAUGAUGGUGAUGAAAAGACUCUGCGAAGAACCUUGCUAUGCUUGCAAGGAGAGAGACACUUUCAUGAGAGUGAGACCUUAGAUCACCUGCCAUUGACAGAUCCAGAGAACUUUGGUACUCCUGUCAUGAAAGACAGUAGUAAGAUGAGGAGAAAAAGAAGAAUGAGUAAUCGCUCACAGAAGAGUGAAAGUGAAGAAGAGGAAGAGGAGGAGGAGGACAGCGACAGUGAUUCUAACAAGAGACAUCGUAAGGAGGAGCCCGAGGAUGCCGUGGGCAAGAUAGUCAUCGUGGAGAUGAACGAGAAGAGGAAGAAUUCCUUCUUUCCUGCACUGGUUGUUGAUCCAAGCUGUACAAAAGAUGUCCAGACCAAUCGGAAAGACUAUAUAGUGGCACGAUCAUUCAAGGAUAACAAAUUCUACACUGUUUCCAGAUCAAGUAGGAAACCAUUUCUGUCCAAGGAUCAUACGUACAAAGGAGAUGUAGCUUCUCUCAAAGCAGCCAACGAGAAGGCAGUGACCUUCAUCGACACCGGCCAGCUACCCCCCAAUUGGGAUAUGGAGUUGCUAAAGAAGAAGAACAAGAGCGGUAAGCAAGUACAGGUGCAAUCAGAGGAUGAAACCAGCGAAGACUCAUCUGAUGAUGAGUAUGACAUGGAGAAAGAUGCCUGGCUUGCCUCACUGCACAAGUUCAUGGAAGAAAGAGGUACCCCCAUCAACAAGCCACCGGUGCUAGGAUACCGGGAUCUCAACCUGUACAAGCUCUACAAGCUGGUCCAGGAGCAGGAAGGCUGUCGUAAGGUGACCGACAGGCAGAUGUGGAGACAUAUCAUGACCAAGAUGGGCAUUCCAGUCCCCGCUACCCAACAGCCGUACAACAUUCACACCUCCUACAACAAGUACCUCUUUGCAUUUGAGGAGUUCAAUCGGAAAAUGGGACCGGGACCUCGCGUCUUCACCCGUACCAGGCGGCGGUCUUUUGACAGGGGCUGGAUAUCCCCACCUCCAGUCAUCAGCAGGCAACGGUCAGUGGCCAAGCAAGGGGUCAAAGACGAGCCAAGUGAUAGGGAGGAAGAAGAAGAAUCACCAUCCAAGAAAAGGGUCACAAGAAAGAAAGGAGAGGAUGCAGGCAAAUCACAGGAACAGGAAGAAAGUAAACGAGAGACAAGGGAAGCCAAGACAAGGUCCAAGGAAACAGAUAAGGAAGAGAAAGACACCAGUGACCGGGACGAGAAGAGAUCAGGGAAGAAGUCUUUGAAAGACGACAAGGUCAAGGAAAGACUGCACAAGGAUGCCAAGGACAAGGUGAAGGACAAACCCACCAAGGAGGACAAUGUCAAGGACAAAGUCAAGGACAAAUCUGACAAGGUCAAAUCCUCCAAGGAGGACAAAGCCAAGGAUAGAUCAAAGGACACAGCUUCAAAGGAGAGCGAUGAGAAGAUAGGCGAGAAAGCAAAUGAAGGAAAGGGGAAGGUGAAAGACACAAAAGGAAAAGAAGAAAAGACAAAGGAAGAGAAAGGGGAUAGAAAGAAGGAGGAAAAGACAGAGGAAAAAGAGCUGGAAGCGAAAGGAAAGGAAAAGAGGGGCAAGAGCAGUGAAAGGGAGGAAGAAAGCGGUAGCCCCACUCCUCAAGUCCAACACAUCACUGGUGCUGGCUAUGAGGUUGGAGAGAAGGUUCAUGUCCAUUAUGGAAGGGGAAGAACAGAGAAAAUAUACGAAGCUAAGGUUGUAGACAUCGAACUGAAGGGCAAGGAUCACGUCUUCACAGUCCAUUACACAGGCUGGAAUAAUAGGUAUGACGAGGCUGUCAAGAUGAGUCGCAUUGUAGGCUCUGCUGAAAAGAAAAAGAAAAAGUCAACUCCUAAAGGGAAACAACCUGAGAAGGAGAAGGCCAAAAAGGAUGUGGAGAGAAGAGAUAAAGAAGAACAGCAAAGAAAAGAGAAAGAAGAGGCAGACAGGAGGGAACAAGAAGAAAAAGAGAGGAGGGCGAGACAGGAACAAGAACAGAAGGAAAAGGAAGAAGCAGAGAGACUUGAAAAGGCAAGAGCAGAAAAAGAAAGGCAGGAAAAGGAAAGGCAAGAGAAGCUAGAAAGGGAGAGGAAGGAGAAGUUGGAAAGGGAGAGACUUGAAAAGGAGCGAAAGGAAAAGCAGGAAAGAGAAAAGAAAGAAAGACUAGAGAGAGAACAGCGAGAAAAGGAACAGCAGGAGAGAUUAGAGAAAGAGCGACAGGAACGAGACAGGAAAGAAAAGCAAGAAAAGGAGAGGAAAGAGAAGCAGGAGAAGGACAAAAGAGAAAAGCUGGAGCGAGAGAAGAAGGAAAAGGAGAAGUUGGAACAGGAGAAGCAGGAGAAAGAACUAGCUGACAAGGCCAAGGAAGCUGAAAGAGAACGAAAGGAGAAGGCAGGAAAGGAAGGCAAGAAGACACCAACCGGAAAGCGAGGUCGUCCAUCUCUUAGCAAGACAUCUCCAGCGCCUCAGACUCCUCCAAGGACCACUCCAUCAUCUGCAAGGGGGAAAUCCCCAUCUCCCGGGUCAGUCUUCUCACAGAGGUCCAUGAGAUCUGAUAGGAAGAGUCUCACAGAAUCACCAUUUGCAAUGGGACUCAAUGUACGGUCUCGAGGCAAAAGGUCGUCAACUGGGGAAUACAGAAGAGGUGUUGAUGAUUCAGACAGUGACUAUGAUGAGUUGGAUGACCUGUCUGAAAGCCAGCAGUCUACUCAAGAUAGUGAAGACUCCCAACAGAAAGACACUAGUGUCCAGGAGCCCGAGGACCAUGACGACAGUGCGUCAACAAAGACUGAAGACUAUGCUGCAACUCUGAUCAAAAUCAGCGAAGAGAAGCUAAACUUUGAUGAUGACUUAGACGAAGGACCCCCGACACUCACGGCUGAAGUGGCACCAGAGACUGUAGAAGCCAGGCUGCAGGAAGUAGAUUCAGAAGCACCCAAGGUGGAAGAAGAGGAUAAGGUAUCAGGAGAGAAGGAAGGAAGGUUAAAGACAAAGAAAGAAUCCAAGAUCAGGCUGAGGAAGUCGAUAGACAAGGAGAGAGAUGGUAAGGAUUCAGCAAACGAAUCCAUGAAAGGAGAGAAGGUUGCUGGGAAGGAUGGUUCCAAAGGCAACAACGAUCUUGAUGAUUCUAAGGAGAAGAUAGACGAUACUCCUGUUCUGGAACGACAGAUACCCAUGGAAGCUGAACUGAAGGUGAAGUUGGAGGAUCUGAAGCAAGAGACCAAGGGUUCUGCAUCAGAUGCUGAUAAAUCAACAGAGAAGAAGAAGGGUAGGAGGAAAGGAAGGAAGAGCAUUGAGAGUAGAAAGAGGAGCAAAGCAGAAGCGGAUGCUGCAGAAGUCUCAGAGAAAUCAGAAGCCUCGGAAGCAUCAGAACCAAAGAAGAAACAAGCCAAGGUCGACAGGAGGAAAUCCGACAAGGGAGGGAAGAAGUCCAAGGUACAUGAGGCCAAAACACCUGCUGAUAACACAGACAGUGACUUUGGGACCAGCUCCGUCGAUGACAAGUCCAUUCCAGGAACCAGCAAAUCUUUCAUGACAACUCCACCUACCACACCAGAGAGUUCUCCUAAGAUGCAAUCUCCAGCACGCGAAGAAGAACUUCAGAUAAAGACGGAAGAACAGAGCAGCAACAAGAGCGACAGUGAUGCCCUGAUUGAAGUAGCAAAUCUUGAUGACAGAGAAACAUCGCAGACCAGAGAGAAUGACACUCCUCUUGCUAGCUCUGCACCACCAAAGAAAGGCACACAGUCAUCCCAGCAGGCUUCCCCUAAGAAGAGGCGGAGGGGUUUGUCAGAGUCGGAACCCACCAAGAGACGCAGGAAGCACAGCAGGAGGCGACAGUCGUCCAUCUCUGAGAGGCAGCAGUCUGCCAAGGAACGAGGCAAUAACAACAGCAGCGAUACCGAUGAGAGCAGGUCAGAGAGCAGAUUGACCUCGAGCUCAGCCAAGCGUCAGGUGACGCUCAAGAAAUAUGCUGGUUCUUUGCCUCCAUCAAGAGUGGCUGACAGCAGUGGGCAAGAUGGGGCUGAAAAACAGCGCAGAUGGAACUUCCUUGUUGAUCUGAGCAACGUAAAGGAACCCGAUGAAAGGAUAGCCAUAAUCCAGCAUCAACUGACAGAAUUACGCUCGGUCUAUCUACAGCUCAAACAAGAAGUGGCAACUAUCGACAGGAGGAGAAAAAAUUCCGCAAGAAGGAGAGAGAAGCUGCUCACGUGAUGGCUGGUGUUGCGCUAGGUCACUGCCUAUCCCAGGGUCAGGAGAGGAUGGAUUCCGGUGGUGGAUCAUAGCAACAAGCCCCGCCCCUAGUUACGUCCCCCACCCACCAGGCCGUCACAGGUGACGGUGGUACAGUAUGCAGGGUCAGCAAAUAAAAGGAACCUCAGUAUUAAUCCAUCAUGUCAAACAGGAAAGUGGAUAUAGAUUCAGUGAUUGUACUUCUUCUAAACACACUACGCUUGAAAUAUACAAAAAUGGUAUUCGUGUUAUAAUGUUCCCAGGAACUCUAAAAUCAGUUCAUGCUGCACCUGUGCUAUAGACUUCAUGAGAAAGAAGGAAAGACAAAAUUUUCUUUUAUUUAGACCACCUCACCAAAUCAUAUUUUUAUAUAAACAUGCAAUUUAUUAUUUGUCCGUGGAUGCAUGUUAGUUGUUAAGACCCCCCCCCCCCCCCCCCCCCAAACGACACUAGUAGAUUAAGCGUGUGAUACAAGAUAGGCAUCAGAUAUUGGGAGCUAGGCACAAUGUAAACACAUAGGUCACAUCAUCAGAUGUAAUACUGUUAAGGAAAAAAAAUAUUUCAAACAUUCCACUAUUGCCUCAUCAUUUGUAACAGGAAUGCAAAGAUUUUGCUUGAGCGUAAAGUACUGUAGGAGAAGUUGGGUUUGUUAAAUUGUGUCCAUUUUACGAGACAUGAUCCUGAACGAGUCCAUUCAGGCAUCCUGCCGUUUUGUAUCAAUACAUGUAUUUACUGCACACUUUUUGGUGGAAAAGUUUCUAUCUUGCUCUUUCACAGUUUUUGAGACAUUCAAUCUCGUCAAUUAGGUUUCAUGCAUUUUCUCUGUGGAAUUUCAUGUCCCCCCUCCCCCUCAAAAAAAAAAAACUGCUUGAUGGGUUUUUCAAUUCCUUUAAAAUCUGCAGGUCAUAUGAUAGCAUAGCAUAUUUUCAAGUGGAGUUUGUUUCAAACUUUUGAUGUUUAAAAAACCUCCAAGAGGACCAACUGACAGCUUUUGCCUUGUUAUGCCCCAAAUCAAGCCAGCUUACAUGUGUUUAUUGUUCCUUGUACUGUCUAUGCCAACUUAAACAUUGGAUUUCACUGGUACUUUGGGAGUACUGCUAGCUGUAUUGACAUCUAGGCAUGGUAAUAUCAGUUUGUACAGUCAAACCUGCUUUAACAACUGUAUGUAUUGAAAGACUACCUGUCUAUAAAGUAUUUGCAAUGCAAAGUGGUGAUAGUGUGAGUUCUGCGAUAUGUAGUCAUUGAAAUUUCUUGGGAAUUGAAAUUAGGACAAUGCAACUUUUUCUCCUUGACCAAUCUUAUACUCAAGAUAUGGCAGAUUUCAGAUUCAUGAAUUCUAUUUGCA